AUGUGGUUCCUUACACGCAUCUCGGCGCUGUUCUACCGGCCGAUCGAGAAUGACUACGACACCACGGCGACGAUCGUGACGCCGGUCUACAACGAGGACCCGGCGCUGUUCCGGCUCGCGCUCGAGUCGUGGAUCGCCAACAAGCCGGAACGCAUCAUCGCCGUCAUCGACGUCACUGACACGCGCUGCAUGGCCGUCGCGCACGAGUACGCCGGCGCCGGCGUCGAGGUGAUGCCGAUCGACGUCCCCGGCAAGCGGGCGGCGCUGGCGGCGGGCGUCGACGCCGCCUCGACGGACCUCGUCGCGCUCGUCGACAGCGACGUCAUAUGGGAGCCCGACGUGCUCCGCAAGGUCAAGAUGCCCUUCGCCGACGCCUCCAUCGGCGGCGUCGGCACGCGGCAGCACAUGUACCCCACGGACGGCGCCGCGGCCACGGUGUGGGAGCGCAUCGCCGACAUGUACCUCGACAUGCGCUACGCCGGCGAGGUGCCGGCCGCGACGCGCUGGGGCCGCGCCGUCAGCUGCCUCUCGGGCCGCACCGCCGUCUACCGCACGCGACUGCUCCAAGGGCUGCGGGAGCCGUUCCUCAACGAGACCUUCAUGGGCACGCGGUGCAUGAGCGGCGACGACAAGCGCUACACGUGCCUCGUGCUGCGCAGCGGCUACGCCACCUGGGUCCAGCUCGACGCCCACGUCCACUCGACUUUCAAGCCCGACUUCGCCGGCUUCGUCCAGCAGCGCGUGCGCUGGAGCCGCAACAGCUUCCGCAGCGACCUGCGCGCCCUCUGGGAGGGCUGGGUCUGGCGCCACCCCUUCCUGGCGGUGCUGCUGGUGCUCCGGUCAGUGGCGCCGAUCUGGACGCUGGCCAAGCUGGGCGCGCUGGUCUUCGUCGACGGUCCAACGCGCUGGAAGGUCGCCGUCGCCAUGCUUAUCUGGCAACACGCCCAACAGGCGCUUAAGAUGCUGCCGCAUAUGCGCCGCGUGCCGAGGGACUGGCUGAUCCUGCCACUCGUCGUCGGCGUCCACUACUACGUGUCGUGUGUCAAGGUGUACGCGCUGUUCACGCUGCGCCAGCACAAGUGGCUGACGCGCAAGGUAGCUGUCGUCGACGGCGAAGUGCAGCGGGUGGACUGA